UUGUAACUACAAAUGAACCGUUUUCGUUCGCUUGUUCCGAUCGGUGACAAAUAAGUGACAGUCCAACAGGCAGAAAUGAUUGUCGAAACAACUUAAAAAAACCAAGCUUUUACUCCGGUCUAAAUCAUGUUCUAGACACACUCCAUACAGACGAACUCUGUUUUAAUUUAUAACAUGUUAUAACCUCAAAAUUUAAUUCGAAAUAAUAUAUUUGUAAUAAGAAAAUAUAAAUUUUAUUACUAUGUGAUAAACUCAAGCUGUGAAAAGAAAAAUGACUUCAAUAACUAAGCCACAACAUCAACCUAUAACGCAGAAAGUGACUUUAUUCAGCCAGGUCAAGUUAGAGCAUUUAGUUGCUGGUAUAUCUGGAGGGGUAACUUCAACUCUGAUUUUACACCCUUUGGACGUUAUUAAAAUCAGAUUUGCGGUUAACGAUGGAAGAUUACAAACCAUUCCGAAAUAUAAUGGUAUAAUUAAUGCCUUUACAAAGAUUUAUAGACAAGAAGGAUUCAGAGGGCUUUAUCAAGGGGUAACCCCCAAUGUUUGGGGAGCAGGGGCGUCAUGGGGACUGUACUUUAUGUUCUAUAAUUCUUUAAAAAAUUGGUUUAAAGAAGGAAAUGCUAAUACCAACUUAGGAGCAAGUACUCAUCUUAUGUUAGCUUCAGGAUCAGGAUUGAUUACACUGUUUAUUACUAAUCCAUUAUGGGUAGCAAAAACUAGAUUAUGUCUACAAUAUAGCGGCCAAAGAAACUAUAAUGGAAUGGUAGAUUGUUUUGUAAAAAUUUAUAAAGCUGAUGGAGUGAAAGGUUACUAUAAAGGUAUUUUACCAGGCAUUUUUGGUGUUUCUCAUGGUGCAGUGCAAUUUAUGGUAUACGAAGAGAUGAAAAAAGAUUAUUGUCAAUAUUAUUCUCAACCUUUAACUACAAAAUUGGGUACUCUUGAAUACCUAACAUUUGCAGCUAUCUCUAAAUUAAUUGCAGCUGCAACAACAUACCCAUAUCAAGUUAUAAGAGCUCGAUUACAAAAUCAACAUUACUCUUACAAUGGGGUUGUGGAUUGUGUGAGGCAAACCUGGGGGUAUGAGGGAUGGAGAGGUUUUUAUAAAGGUUUGGGGACAAAUUUAGUUAGAGUUACACCAGCUACAAUGAUUACUUUUGUCACUUAUGAAAAUGUAUCACAUUGGUUGCUUAAAUAUAGUGAACAGAAAUUAGUAAAUUAAUUAGUUUAUAGCUAGAGACAGAAUGUAUACCAAACUAGAAAGAAUGUGGGAAAUAUAAAAUUUUGUGAUUUAGAGAAAAAUGAAUAUGAGUACUUUAAGUUUUAAUUGCUAUGCAUGUGAUUAUUUUAUAUUUAUUGUUAUUAAUUAGCUCAUAAAUAUGACAGUUUUUUUAAAGAAAUACCUAUAAAGUCUGUUAUCUCAUAAUUCAGUAAAUUUCCAUCAUCUGUAAUGUGAUAAUAAAUUCUACUACAAAAUUACACUUAACUUAGGAAAUACUAAGAAACCAAAUAUUCAUAGCUAGUUAAACAAGCUUUUUGUUGAUACUGAUAUUUUUAAGCUAAGGAAUUAAUUUUAUAUGCCAUAGUAACCUGUUACCAG